CCAAUAGAGAAGACAUUAGUUCCUUCCUCACCCAAUAAAAAACACCCUUUUAUUUCCUUGAUUAGUGCCUUUUCUUUUGAAUUUCGUUUCUUUAAUAUCUUCCCUUGCGUCGUGACACAAACAAGGGAAGACGAGGGAUUAUAAAGAGAAAACAUCAAGACGUACGCCCUUUAUUUGCUUCUUCCCUUUCAUCUAACCUUGGUUUUCUCUACUGUAAUUUAGAUAUUUGCAUUUGAAAUGAGGCUGUCGUAAAAAAGCAUUUUGAGUGAGGUCCGGGCUGCUGCAUUAAAGCAGGGGUUUACAUGGGUUAUUCCCUUGAGAAAUUAGGUCACAUCGGCUAAGGACUAUUAGUAUCUAAAUUCUAAGUUAUGGUUCUUGAUGGCAUUGUAUCUUCUCCCCAUCGGAGAUCAGGAUCAAUGAGGAAACAAUUCCCAAAAGAUGAGUUGGGGAGCUGGUCAACACUUGUUCAGAGGCAUAGAUUCCUCUUAACAGCUUUGGGACUCUUAGCAUUCUUAUGUACUAUCUACCUUUACUUUGCUGUUACUCUAGGAGCUACAGACACAUGUUCUGGCUUGGAAGGAACAGAGAGAGCAACGUGUAAACUGCAGCACGCAAGGUCGACUCUAUCCCACGGGAAACUCAAAUUAUUUUAGCAUGUUUUUAUGGAAAAAUCACUGGUUGCUUUUGACAUUCUAGUAAUCAUUUUUUUAGGCAAUUUGAGGGUUUUUAAACUUGAGAAAGAAAAAUAAACAAAAUUCAUUUAUAGUAGAUUAGCUUGUGUUGGUAUGCUUGUGGGUGUUUAUAUUAAGGGUUUAAUAUGUGCAGUAGAAAUUGUUCUGCAAACCUUAUUUAUAAUGAAUUAAUGUUAUGAAGAAGCUAAUUUUGUCUA